GAAUAUAUUCAUGAGCUUCUGCAACAUGAGGGAAGAGGACCAUCUCCAAAACCAGCUUGUCCCUGUGGGAUAGCGUUUGACGAUCAACAACCCAACCUCCGGAGCUUCAGAUGCACCGAGUGCUUUGAUUCAAACCUCUGGUGUGCCGAGUGUAUAGUCAGUAAUCAUGAACAGAACCCUCUUCAUAUCAUUCAAGCCUGGAAUGGAACUUUUUUCGAAUCAUUGGAGCUCAGUAGUCUUGGCCUCGUUAUUCACCUCGGACCACAUUCGGCAACGUCGCCAUGCUGGCAAGCGAUCAAUCAUAAGCCACGACUAUUCACGAUUAUCGGGGUUCAACGCAUUCAUGCGGCAUCAAUCAAGUUCUGUUCGUGUCAGAAGGGCAGUGAUCUAGACCGGCGACAACUUCUGGCGGCGGGCUUACUCCCUGCCACGACCACUCACCCUCAAACAGCUGCAACGUUCGAAUUUUUGAACUUCUUCCAAAUUCUUUCCUUCAUGUCAAAGGCGUCAGUCUCAGAAUAUUAUCAAACUCUCGAGCGUGUCACAAACAAUAUAGGCACUUUUGUACCUCCAAAUAGGCUUCGAGAAGUUCUCGGAAUGAUUCGACAGUGGCGAUUUCUCAUGACACUGAAGCGAAGCGGGCAAGGUCAUAACCCUGAAGGUGUUUUGGCUCUGAAGCCUGGGUUACUAGCUGUGAAAUGUCUAGCUUGUGCUCAUCCUGGAAAAAAUGCGCCGAGUCUCGACGACCCUGUGGAUCCUGAGAAGGAGUGGUUAUACAAGCGCUUCGAAGGACUCGAUGCCAAUUUUCGAUGCACAAGACUCAACAUCUCAAGCGAAGCGAAGGAUCCGAGUUUCAACAAGGGCUCUGCCUUUUUUUGUGACGAUCACGAAUUCCAGUGUCAUCUUCUGAAAAUGUCCGGGAAGUGGCCGACAGAAACUUCGGAUUGUAACGAUCAUGAUGCGAUCAAGCUAGCAAACAAACGAGGCGAAAAAAAUCUGGCAGUGACUGGUAUUGCAAUGGCAAGCUGUACGCGACAUGAAUGUACUUUACCCCAAUCAGUAGCAGACUUACGGCUCGGCGAGGAAUAUAUCAUUAUGGAUUAUGUAUUGUUAUCGUCGCUCCAAAUAAACUGUCCAAAGAACCUGACCAUCUCUUAUGACAUUAUGUGUCAAUUUUCAAAGAAGCUCAGGGCACGCAUCGAUUCAUACGGAGGACACCUCAGCCUGCCUGACCAAGUUGAUCCCGCAAACUUACAACUCUUGAUCCCGAAAUUUCACCUCAUGGGCCACCAGGAAUCUUGUCGGCACAAAUAUGCCUUUGGGUAUGCGAAGCGAACAGGUAGAACAGAUGGUGAAGGAGUGGAGAGAGUUUGGGCCGUAACCAAUUCACUUGCAGGGAGUAGUAAAAAGAUGGGUCCAGGCGGGAGGUGGGACAUGAUGGAUGAUCACUGGAACGAUAGGAAUCAUAGGAAGCGGAUAACGAUAGCUCUUGCUAUGUUUAAUAAAGCAGUCCAUGCAGCAGAACAAAGAGCAGCACAUGUGAUCGCAUACGAAGAACUUUGUGAGAGUCUCAACCAGGAUCAGAUGAAGAAGUGGCGAAGUGAAAUCAGGGCUUGGGAUGACGACCAUUCGAAACAAAACCCUUACGUAUCAUCUGUUCGACGUAAGAUCCAAUGUCAAAUUCGGUUGGAACUGGCAAAGGAGGAUGCUGCAUUGGCUCGCCAAUCGGCUAUUCAUCCGAAGCCGGGCUUGUUGAAGCAAAUGACUCCCACCGCGCUUGUCAUACAAGGCCUAGAACUUGAAGAGCAGCAGCGACGCCUUAUUUUUGAUCACAUGGCACUGGGAAAUCAUCCGACAUCGCUUCAGCUGGCAAAAAUCGUGGAACGUUCGACAAACUUGCGCAGUCGCAUCCAUGCUUGGAUUGGGGUUCAAGCAUUAUAUAUGCCCAGGACUACGCUGCUGCGUGCUGAGUAUGUAAAUCAGUCCAGUACUUUAGAAAACUCUGCUGCUGGCGAUAUACCUUUGUUCCUCCCAGGUGCCGUUUUUGACGCAGGUGAGACUUGCGAUGUUCGGCUGAUCGAUAUCGAGUGGAGACUUCGAUUUGCUGCUGCUCAUGAUGAGGUGGAGAAAAUCAGAAAAAGCUUACUCUCCCGAACUUCCGUCAUCAACUAUAAGCGUGACUAUGGCCACGGUCAACGCCAGGGUACCCGAUCAGCUGCAGUUAUGGACACCUUGGAUAACAACAUCAAUGCCUGCGCUGCAAGGUAUAGAAUUCAUCAUGACAUGCUGUCGAAAUAUGGUGCGACGUUAGGCAAGAAUUCUUCGUGGAUGGACUCGCUUCGACCAUUGAAACAGGAAGAUCUUCGUCAACCCGAUGGUCGUUUAGAAGAUAAAAUAGAUGGUCGGGCUGCAGGCUAUGUUUCUUGGAUUUGGCUUGCAACUCCUAGCGAUGUUAUGAGCGAUCAAAAUGUAGCAGAUUGUCUACGUAUCACGUUUUGUAAGGCACGUUCCAAAGCUCUGGAGUGGCAGGAGGAGUGUUUAUUGAUUCAGGAAGAGAUGCGCAGAAUAUUGCAGAUGUUGGAAGCAGAGGCAGUAGAAUGGGACUUGCGUCGAGAAUCCAACGUUGACUACGAUCCUCUCAACGUAGGGUUCGAGGGACGAGUCGCUUACGCCUGUCGUCAAGCCUCCAUUCGACGCAAGCUGGCUACGGUAUGCAAACGAAAAUGGGAGGGUAUGAGUAGUUUGCUUGCAUCUGGCCGGGGAGGUAUCGCUCUUACAGACUCUUCUUUUGCAUUUGUGAACUAG